CUUAUUUCCAAUGCGCGUCGGUGCACGAAUAUUCCAAGCCAAGCACCUGCAUUGUGACUUCCUGUGCUAUUGCUUUCGAUCCUUCCUCUUUUGGGGGUGGAGGCGAGGGGGAAGUUAAGCGGAGGAGCUCGUCACUUCUCGCCUUCUCAAGAUCGACCACGCGUUGUCUCUCCGCCGCUUGCAGCGGAUCCGGGGAUGCGGCUCCUUUUCCUGAAGGAAGUUGUGCUGCUGCCUUCGCGUGGAAAAUGAACCCAGCCGCUUACCUCUAGAGAAGCGCGAGGCAGCGCUCUCCUGCCUGGUGGUGGCCCCGAAGGAGCGGGGCUCGACAGUCACCUCGCUGGACGACGUCCCCCCAGUCCGCCACGGCCCUCAGUUCUGCUGUUUCCGGUAACUCCAACCGCCUGAGCAAAGUCAUGGACAACCGCCUCGGCUCCCUGCCUUUGAAGAUUUUUUAAACACGUGUCGGGAGUUCCUGGGACACCCCCCACCUUUUUCCCGCCUGUUUUUUUUUAUUUUUAUUUUAUGGGGGUGACUUUUCUUAUAAGAGUCUCCUCCUCCCCUUGACCUGUUUCCUGCUUCAGGGGGAAAAUCAGGGGAAUUUUAACUUGCAGCCUUUUUCCUGAUUUAAUUUUAUUUUGUAAUAUUAAAAUCUGAGAAUGGGCAAUGCAGCCAGCAGCAUGGAAAUGUCUCCAGCUAAGGAGAUUAAAAGCCAGCCAACCGCGUCUUCGCCUUUACCCCCCAAACAGCCUGCACCCCCCAAACUACCCAUGCCCAGUGCUGAGGAAUUGGAAGAACGAUUUGGACAUGUUCUGAAUUCUAUGAACCUGCCGCCAGACAAAAUGAAGCUUCUGAGCCAGUAUGACAAUGAAAAGAAAUGGGAAUUAAUAUGUGACCAGGAACGAUUCCAGGUAAAGAACCCGCCAUCUGCCUAUCUCCAAAAAUUGAAGAGCUAUCUAGACACGGGUGGAUUCAGCGGAAAGUUUAAGAGACGAGUUCAAGAAUCGACCCAGGUUCUUCGGGAAUUAGAGAUAUCUCUGAGGACAAACCACAUUGGUUGGGUCCAGGAGUUCCUAAAUGAAGAGAACAAAGGUCUUGAUGUAUUGGUGGAUUAUCUCGCUUUUGCCCAGUGCUCUGUCACGUAUGAUAUGGACAGCACUGACAAUGGGAGCCCUGGGUCCGACAAGGGAAAAGCCCUGGACAGAUCUGUAGAGGACCUCAGCAGAAGCAAUUCCUCCCCCACACAGGGUUCCACCAAAACGAGGCACUUGACUGUCAGAUUCAAUCCGUCACACAGCAGGAAGGCAUUACGGAACUCGCGCAUCGUCAGCCAGAAAGAUGAUGUUCAUGUCUGCAUCAUGUGUCUCCGUGCCAUUAUGAAUUAUCAGUCUGGAUUCAGCCUUGUGAUGAACCAUCCAGCAUGUGUGAAUGAGAUCACACUCAGUCUCAACAAUAAGAAUCCCAGAACUAAAGCUCUUGUCCUUGAGCUGUUGGCUGCUGUUUGUUUGGUUCGAGGAGGGCACGACAUUAUUCUGGCUGCCUUUGACAACUUCAAAGAGGUUUGUGGUGAGAAGAACCGUUUUGAGAAGCUGAUGGAGUAUUUCCGAAAUGAAGACAGCAACAUAGAUUUUAUGGUGGCUUGUAUGCAGUUCAUCAAUAUUGUGGUUCAUUCUGUGGAGAACAUGAACUUCCGUGCCUUCUUGCAAUAUGAGUUCACACAGUUGGGACUUGAUGAGUAUCUAGAGAAGCUGCGUUGUACAGAGAGUGACAAGCUGCAAGUGCAGAUCCAAGCCUACCUGGAUAACAUCUUUGAUGUAGGUGCCCUGCUGGAGGAUACUGAGACCAAAAAUGCCAUUCUGGAGCACAUGGAGGACUUGCAAGAAGAGGUUGGACAGCUCACUGAGAAACUCCAGGAUGCAGAAAAUGAAUCUGUGGCCAAGAUUGCUGAGCUAGAGAAACAGCUGUAUCAGUCACGCAAUGAGCUGGAGGCCCUGAGAGCAAGAACAAGUGAUGAGCCGAACAAACUGGAUCAAAUCAGCAAAGCUAACAAGCCAGGAAGUCCCUUUUGGCCCACAGUGCAGCUGCCACAAGAGACAGAAGUAACCCCAAAAUACUCUGCCUUGGAGCACAACCUGGAAGAGCUAGAAGAUAGGGGUUUAAUCCGGAUUCAGUGGGGGCCUGGCGGUGACACCAUCAUUGGCAUUGAGGUCAUCCCUGUUGUUACAGAAACUGCAACAGCCUCCUCAGUUACUAUUGAAGCAUCUUCAUCAACUAGCACAGAUUAUCCCUCCCCAUCUACAUCCCCCGUUCCCUCUUUUGCUCCAGAAAUACCACCACCGCCACCUCUACCUUUCAUGAAAGACAGUGACUCUGUGGUUUUCCCAUCUUCUCAAGAGAAAGAGCUGUCACCUCCUCCUCCUCCUCCUCCUCCUCCACCACCACCACCACCACCCCUACAGGGGGCCAAUGAGCCUCCACUUGCCCCACCACUGUCUGGGGUUGGAACUAUACCCCAAGCCCCACCACCGCCACCACCGCCACCACCCCUCUUAGCAUUGGAUAGCCCAGUUGCUCCUCCUCCACCACCACCUCUUCCCAUGACUGAUGGAAUAACUCCGCCAGCAAGUACAGUUACUGCAGCUGUCAAGAUCAAGAAGCCUAUACAGACCAAGUUCCGCAUGCCUGUCUUCAACUGGGUUGCUCUGAAGCCUAACCAGAUCAAUGGUACCAUCUUCAAUGAACUCAAUGAUGAAAAGGUCCUUCAGGAGCUUGACAUGAAUGACUUUGAAGAACAGUUCAAAACCAAAGCUCAGGGUCCAAGCACGAACCUCAGUUCCAUAAAGGCAAAGACUUCACAGAAAGCUCCCGCUAAGGUUUCACUGAUUGAAUGCAACCGGGCAAAGAACCUGGCCAUCACCCUCCGUAAAGGGGGGCUCGCUGUUGACAGCAUCUGCAAAGCCAUUCAGAUAUAUGACCUACAGGCCCUCAGCCUGGAUUUUCUGGAGUUGCUCAUGCGCUUCAUCCCCACGGAAUACGAGAUGACGCUAAUCCGCAAAUAUGAGAAGGAGCAGCGUCCGCUGGAUGAUCUUUCAGAUGAGGACCAAUUCAUGAUCAAAUUCAGCAGAAUUCCCCGCCUGACAGAACGCAUGACCACCAUGACCUUCUUGAGCAGUUUUGGAGACACUGUACAACUCCUUCUGCCACAACUAAAUUUUGUGAUUGUUGCUUCAAUGUCAGUCAAGUCAUCUACCAAGCUGCGUCAGAUUUUAGAGAUUGUCCUGGCAUUUGGGAAUUACUUGAACAGCAGCAAACGGGGAGCAGCUUAUGGAUUCCGGUUGCAGAGCCUUGAUGCGCUUCUGGACAUGAAAUCAACAGACCGGAAACAGACACUACUUCAUUAUAUAGUGCGAGUGAUCCAAGAGAAAUAUCCUGAUCUCCUGAACUUUUCCAGUGAUCUGCACUUCCUGGACAAAGCAGGGACAGUGUCACUGGACAGCGUGCUUCAAGAUGUGAGAAGCCUACAGCGGGGCAUGGAGCUAGCACGCAAAGAGUUCAUGCGCCAGGAUGACAGUAUCGUACUUAAGGAUUUCCUAAAGACCAACACAGAGAUGAUGGAAAAGCUUCAGGCAGACAGUAAAACUGCGCAGGAGGCAUAUGAGUCAACAGUGGAGUACUUUGGGGAGAACCCCAAGACUACCCCCCCAACUAUGUUCUUCCCCACGUUUGUGCGCUUUAUCAAAGCGUACCAGAAAGCAGAGGAAGAUAUCCAAGUGUGGAAGAAGCAGGAAGCAGCUGCCAAAGAGGAAGAGUCUGUUUCCCCUGGCAAAGAGGAGCAGGCAGUAUCCAAGCAGUCUCCCACCCAUAAGGCCAAGCGGCAACAGAUGGACCUCAUAGCUGAGUUGAAGAAGAAGCAGAUGGUGAAGGAGCCUCUCAUUUAUGAGGAGAAAGAUGGUGCCAUUGAGGACAUUAUUUCAGGUCUGCGUCCCCAGCCAUACCGGCGGGGGGACACCAGUCGGCACAGUGGCAGGAAACGGGCCACUGGGCAGACCCUCCAGGCAACCUCCGAGAUCUCACUGUGACAGCCUUGAACGAGAGCAAGCUAAGCCUUGGUUUGCUGGGUGAAGCGAGGACUCGGGUUCAAAGCCAAGAGGCCUGGACCAAAGACUUUCCCCACCAAGAAAUAAAGGGACUCAAGCCAGGAUGACUAUCCCCUCCCCCCCACCCCAUUGUAGGCUUUUGCACAUCCAUUGCCCACCAGAUCAGCAACAUCACUUCAUAACCAUCAUCUUGGCCACAUGUGACUGACCUACCAAGGCAGCAGUGGGCAGGAUGGGGAGGCUCAGCUCUCUACUACAGGGACAGCCAAUGGUGCUAGAAACCUCCACCACCAAAUCAACAAGAAGCAUCUUCCACCACCAAGAAUUUUUGUGGCUGCCACUGCCUCUAAAAAAGAAAGAAAGUAAUCUGGCAAGGGUCCCUGUUCUCCUUUCUAUCCAACCUACUCUGGUUUCUUUCUCCAGCUGGAGCAUUCAGUCUCCUUUAAUUCUUCAGUUCCUCUUCCGCCCUAGAGAUGAGGUGGGAGAGGAUCGUCUGGCUGUUUUUCCUCAAAUGUCACAAAAAAUUGUGCUUGUCUAAGUGCUGAUGUGUUGUAGGAUGAUUACUUCCUGGGAAAGUGUAACCUCAGGAUCAUUUAAGCCAUUAUAAAGUAGCAAAACAGGGCUAAUGAACUAGUAAAUCCAAGGUGACUUCAAGCUGUUCCUGAGUGGAGCAAACACCCUGUAUACAAUAGCAUCCUGUUCCAGCACUUUUUAAUCUUUUGCAGAGGUGCUGCACUAAUUUCAGCAUUUUAAAACCCAAACCAUAUUCAGCAUUUCAGGUUUCUGAUAUGGAAUGAGUUGGCUUCAGUGGCCAAUGGCCAUUUCUUUUACAAAAUCUCAUGGUUGGCCCUGGCCACGUACAGGCCUGUUGCUUCCUUAGAGCUCUGGAUAUCUGACAGGGCAAGUCCUUAGUGGGAUUGUUGUGAAGAGACAUGAGAGAAGAACACAAAUCAUAGUCUUUUUGUCUUUUUUGUAUACUUCCAUUCAGUCCAAGUCUGCACCACAUCAUGACCUACAUUUCACACUCCAAAUGGCAACUACAUGUCAACUGGAUUGUAACUGCAUGACUACAGUUGCAUCAGUGUGAUCAGAAACCCAUGGAAAAUUAAGUUGCUCCUCUCUCUUGGGCAAACAGAAUUUCCCAUGGUUAUAUCCUCUUUUACAAUAUUUAAAUGAUUUUAGCAUUCUUUUCUAGCACAACAGCCAGUCUAGGGAGUUAAAUCUGGUCAGUGGAACAGCAUCUCAGGAUUUAGCAAAAGUAUGGCACUUUUUAAAACUACUCAUUCUGAUGUUGGUGACAAUCACACUAGGUAUGGGAAUUGCUGUUCUUUUCCUCGCCACAUGGUGUCACUCUUCUGUGGCUUUUCACUGAUCACUUUUUCUCUUCCAGUUUGCAGGCAGCGCCCCUAUAUUAUCUGCCCACCUCCACCCGUCAGAUGAAAUUCUUAAGAGCUUUACAACGAGAGGCAGAAAAAUGUAAAGUGGAGGUGACGGUAAUUAGAUAACUCAGGAGAUCUUUAAUAUAGAUUUAAUCCAUUGUUGCAAUGCAUGGUUCCAGUUCUAUACUGAGAUUUACAACUGUUAGAUCAUCUUGAAGGAUUCCACAUCCUAAUGCUGUACUUACAAAAGCAUAUUGCCCCACUUGCUGGAAGCAUGGGGAAGGGAGUUAACGCUAUUAGGCACAUGAUAAAAUGCAAUUACAUUUUCUUUUGUAACUCCACAGGUGGCAAUGCAUCUCACUCCCCUUUCCCAAAUCAAGCCCCUGUUUUUAUAGAUCAUAAGAACAGAUGAUACUCCCUAAAAUAUGUAGAAUGGGAGAGCAACUUGUCCAUGCCCUCUUUUUGAGUGGGGGGGAGGUAUGGGCUCCAACACCUUCAUUUUGUGUAAUCUGACUCCACCUGGAGCACUCUAUGCUUGCAGGGACACUUAUGCAAAGAGCUAUGACAAAGUUGCACUUCUGCUCUCCCCCUCAAACUCCAGCAUGCAAGCUUCACAGCAAUAACCGCCUAUUUCAGGAGAGAUUGGAUAUGCAUGGACAGCAAAUUUGUUCAGUCUCAACUUGGAUGAAACAAAACCCUCAAAAGCCUUUAGCAAUACUAAAGCCAGGUCCCUACUGUCCAUCCCAAACCUGCUGUAGACUAGAAGCUGCACAUAUACUUAGAAGCCCAGUUUUAGGCUACCAUUGCUUUCCCCAUAAUUUAAGAAAAACUAAAAUUAUCACAGCAAAUGCUCAGAAUAGCACAACAGUUCUUUAUGCCAUGCCCAGGAGCAAGGGGUGAGUGUGGGGAGGGAUGAUUAGAAAAAGAAUUGAAUGUGGAACUUAAUUGUUUUUUUUUAAAUGCCUUGAAUCAUGUAGAUGGAUCACAAUGCUCUACAUGAGUUGUUACUUUGUAUACAUUAUUUUUAUAUAUAGUGUGUGAAUUGCAUUUAAUCCAAAGCAAGUUAACAAUGAGAGAAUAUAAUACACGUAUUGUAACAAUGCAAAUUAUGUCUUAGUGUUUUGGGAAAUACACUGGCCUCAGAUUCUUAAGAUAGAAGACAUUCAAAAAUUGCACUUUGAUUUUUUAAGUCUGUCAAACAGAAGCCAAUACAAACUCCAUUAAUAUCAAGGUGUCCACAGAUACAUGCCAUGAUCAUAAACUCAUGGCAGCUCAGAGCUCUUGCGUUCAAGACGUGGGAUAAGCAAAAGCUCUUAGACUACCCAACUAGUGCACUUCAAGCUUAUGUUUCCUACAAAUGUUCUUCCUGUGUGAUGUGGGAGUAAUUGCUCUUCAUGACUGAAGUUAGUCUUCUCAAACCUCGUACCCUCCAGAUAGUUGAGAAAAGCUGUGCAAGUAAUGCGAAUACGAACAUUGUCCAGUACUGUACCAAUUUUACCACGAACAGCACAAAACUGCCACUUCAUUCAUUGUCACCUAGAGUUCACAGACUAUUUUUUCCCCAAAUAUAAGUUGGAAUGAAAACCAUCAGCUUAGGUGAUUUGUAAAAGGUGUUGCAACUUAAGUUCAAAUGCAGGUGACUGUAUCUGUCCACUUUUUCUCAGCAGCUUUACAGAUGUAGUUUGCCCUCCAGGAUGUGUUUUCAACAUCCCAGUCCAGCCAAGGAAGCAGACACAUUUAUGUACUACAAGCAUAUCCAAUAGUUUUUAAACCAUGAUAGAUACAGAAUCGUUUACCUCUCAGUACUAGAUGCUGGGUCGUUAAGUUGAUCUAGCUGAUUUCUUUCAGAAAUCAAAUGUUUGAGAGACUGGCCUUUGCUGGGAUCCCACAGUUUUGCUUAGAUAACUAGCAGACUCUAAUCUCAGACCUCCCGACCAUUGUGUGGUUAAAAUCUAUACAGUACUCUAGUUUUAUGGCCAGGUUUGUACCACACUAAGCCAAAAUGCUCUGAAAGCACAUGAACAUACCAGCAUUUUAUUUGAUUUAUAAACCCAUAUUUCUUCAGAGACAUAAGGUGGCUUUCACAGGAUCUCCAUUUUAUCCCAACAGCAACCCUGUGAGGUAGGCUGGGCUGGCAGCAAAUGACUGAUUUAAAGACACCACGGAAGUAUCCCUUGCUAAGGAUGGACUUGAGCUUGGGACUUUAACCUCUACAAUACAGUCAUUCUCACUACAUUUUAAAGCCCUCUUCCUUAUUGCAUAUAGGAUUUGAAUCAAAGAUUGAAACUUACAGUGUUGUCUGGAUCCAAAAUGGCUACUAUUUUGGUUUUACAAAAUUCAGUUUUUUGUGCUUUAUGACAAGGCCAAGUUACUAAGCCUCAGUGAUAAUUGUUUCAGAUCCAGACAACACAAUAAACCUCAAACUGAGUAAAAUACAAUGUAGAAGGGAACAAAGAAAUGCCAGCACUUUAUCAGUUGAGAUUUUCAUUUGGACAUGGGUAAACAUAGCCUUUCUAUUGUUAUUACAUGCAUUUUGGCAAAAGAAAGGAUUACUUGUCAAACUCCAGUGCUUCAUUCAUGAAGCCAAAUCUAGAACCCCUCCAAAUGAUGAUUUUCAGCCAGCUGUCCCCCAUAAUUGGGGAGCAUUUUAUUUAUUAUUUCAGACAAAUCAAUUGUAAGCUAUAUGAAUUGCAAUUUAAGAACUGGAAACCGAAGUCUUUCUUUAAAAUACAAAAGCUUAUCAAUGUUAGGCACUGAUUUUUUAUGACACCCCCCCUACUAUUAUGGACAGCAGAUAGCCCCUGACAUGGGCGUGAGCUAUUUUGUGGUUUUCCCAUAGAAAUCACUGUGGGAGACAGCAUGCUGGCUUUUGUAUGUAGUGAAGACAUGAUAAACACAUCUGCAUCAGAAUCACAGUAAUUCAUGCACCUCUUGCAAAUGUUUAAACUGCACUUGGUCAUCAGUAAACCCAACGUUUUUAGAU